UUGCCCCACUUGCUGCACUCGCGGGACUCAAAACCCCCCAGCACAUUCCAUUUGCGCUCAGUAUAAAUAAACACAAGGGUGAAAACUUUGGGGAGCUUGGACCGCAGCCAGCUUGCCUGGGUAACUGGACUUUUCGUGGAGCUCGAAGGGUGUUUUUUUAGGAGGAGGAAAGAAAAAGAACAGCUUCCGAAUCUUGGCUCAGCCUGGGGAUAUUUCCUCCCCGCUCCCUGGCUAAGCCUCAGUGCAAACGGCCGGGCUGAGGAGUCUACGCGGAGCCGGCAGCGCUCUCCAGCAGGACUGCGACGGAGCUCGGGGAGCUGAAACCAUGCUUCUCCUCUGGACACUGGCUUUUGCUUUAGUCCUGCAGGAGCGAGAUCUUUCAGCUGCUGCAGAGCCUGUCAGUGUGUUACCUGGAGAUUUGGAAAGUGCAGGCUGGUGUGACGAGCAGGAUACCAUCCACAAACACUUGGAUAUUAUCGAAGAGAAGGUAAUAAAAACAGUGGAGUAUCUAGAAUCAGAAGUAAAGUCACUACUCAAUAUCAUCAGUGAGACAACACGGAACAUCCCCAUGACUCCAGAAACCCCACUUAUAGACAUUUUUGAUGAUGUCAGCUGAGCACUGGGAAGAUGGAAAAAGAUCCGAAUCUAACAGUGUGGUUGUCAUAUAUAGUUACACUUUUGUUCAUUUAAUAAGUUUCUUUGCAUUUCCACAAUUUGAGCUGGGAUGAACAAUCCUGAGCAGUAGCUUGCCUUCUGCGUUCCUGUGCUUUUCAAUAAAAAAUUACUUGCUUUUUA